CCUGCAUUCUUAUUUCUAGAUAGAUACAGACAUACAUUGCAAUUGAUUAAACAACGAAUGGGAUGAAGUACCUGAGAGUUCUGAACAAGAACAUCAAUUGCAGCUAAGUAAGGAGCAACAGUGAGAGUCUUGUUCACAAAGUGAACACGGUGUUGAAUCUUUUUCUGCAUCACAUAACUCCGCAAUUCUGUUUCAAACUUUGUUUGUGCACCCAUGUCACUCCCCACAAUUACAGCAUGCACAGAUGGCACCUGCAACUUCUUAUCCUGGAUCAAUUGUAACGCCUCAUAGAAGGAACGUAGGAAUAGAUCCUGGCCCUUUCCACGUGAAACACUGUUUAUAAUGCCAAACAGUAAAUCUUCAUCUCGAACUUGAAGAGACUCCCGGAUGUGCUCACGCAAAACCCUAUUUGCCACACUAUCUUCCGCAACCUCCAUAAGUUCCUUGCUAUUGCCAAGGUGAACAACAUACGUCUCAGGCAUUUUAAUUCCAAGACGCACUUGAGUUCGAUUCUUCCAGUAAUCUGCUGUGACAUGUGAAUCAAUCAUAGCACCAGCAACCAAAGGAAGAUGUUUGACAAAAUCCAAUUUAAAGUAAUGGCCUCGCAUCUCAUGGAUCCACCACAACACUUUUGGAAGAACACGAGAAAGAUUUUCCUUAAGAACAGGAUCCAGCCAUUUCCCAGCAACUGCUGUAUUCAGAACAACCAGAUCAGCUUUGAGGGAAGCAUCUAUAGCUUCUUGUCCCUUUGCAGAUAUUACCUGAACUCCCCGGACCAACAUUUUCUCCUCCAAAUUGUAAAUAACCCCAUCAGUUUGCAGAGGUUUUUGGAUGGUUAUCCAAGAAACUCCAGCACCAACACUCCGUAGUAGAAACGCUAGUUCCAUGAGCAGUAAUGGCCCACCAGAAAGGGAAAGCUCAUGUGAGACCAAAAGUACACGCUUGGAUCUCAUGAAGCUGAGGGGACUAGGGGGCGUCGCCUUCGUAUUCACCGGCACCGGUGCAUUCCCGGAAGAACGAGCAGAUCCCUGAGCAACUUCUUCCAAGUGACGAUCGCAGGAAUCGAAAGCGGACCUGAUAAAGAAAGCGAUGACGGUGGAGAUGGAAAGCAUGAUUAACAGACCCAGCAGCCAUCUCUUCUGCAGAAGCGGCCAACCGACGGAGUGUUUCGCCAUGUCCGCUGGCGAGUAGCUGCUGCCAGUGGCUCUGCCUUUAGAGCCGAUGCCGAGCGUGGAAAAGAGGAGGAGAAGAGGAGGCGAGAAGAAGGCUUUAGGGGCAGGAGUAUCUGGAGCAGCAUUUUAGGGUUGGGAAUGGGGUGGAAGAGCAGUGAUUUCUGUACAUUUGGCUUUCCCGGAGUGGCCACUUGUAAUUAAUUUGAUAGCUAGAAAAACCAAAACCCAAACGGAGAAAACAAGAAAACGGAGAGAAAGAAAACCGGAAACAAUCACAAAACUUGCAAGCAAACGAAAUUCCUCCCCACAGAAAGGGAAAAGGCAAGCUUGAAACUUCAGAGACUACCCAAUGUGUUCCGUCGUGGGUUUCAACUGCGGAUUGGAGAUGGGAACAGGGUUGAGAUGAUUGUUCGGAGUAAAUAAAGUAUUGAUUGCAGCAGAGGGGAACGAAUGAUUGUGAAGGUCAAAUCUUGACUAUGGAUUUCCCGAACUGAUAGCCAGGCAGAACGAGGAGAGCUAUGGAAAGAUUUCUAAGCAAGGGAAUGAUUACAGCUAAAGCUCAGAUUUCGAUCGUACCUAGCCAGAAUGGAAUGGAGAUAACCAAAAAGGAAGGAAAAUGAAGGUAGGGGAAAGGACGCGUGACUACACGUGCUGUUAGACCACCCAACUCAAUUUGGGAGGCGAGGGCGACAGGGCUAGUUUGAUUCGUUUGGGUUUAAACCACCAGAGAGUAGCGACGAACUCACGAGGGUUUCAGUCUGGAUGGUGAACUCAUCCGCCUGAAAUUGGAGUUCUGGAGGCAUUCAGGUGGGAUUGUUGCAACAUGCAAUACUGUUCCAUGGAUUCCUUCAGCUGGUUAUGCAUCUUGCUCAUAGCUUUACUUUUACAGAUUCUUGGCUCCACUGCUGUUCCUGUACCAAACUCGAAUUGCUAUUCUCUUGACAAUUCUAGUCGCCUUGUGGACUUUAGCAGCUUGAUUGGACAUGCAUUCGUGCAUGAGGCAAAGGACAAUACUGAUUUGGUAGUUCGCUUUUGCAAAGAUGUGGAGACUAGAUCACAAACGGGAUAUGUUGACUUUGGUCGGUUCAGUAACCCUAGCUCAUUCCACACUGGUUCAGGACAAGUGGAUUUUGUUCAAGAUUUUUACAACGGUGACCUAGUGAACUGCGAGAAUAGUUACGACAAACUGGGACGCACUGCUCAGGUGAACCUUCUAUGUGGAGGUUGCUUAACUGGAGCAUGUCAAGGUGGACUUGGUUGCAUAUGCAAUUUCACUUAUGAGUCAACUUGCAGGGUUGUGAUUGAUCUUGCGAUUCCAUGCGAGAAACCUGGUCCCCGUGUAUUCCAAGGUUUCACUGUUGGUUUCCACCCACGGUCCUGGGAAAUUGUGUACGAUGGUUUGACUCAGCCAGGUUAUGAGAAACCCCACCAAGAUUUCAGCCUUGGCACGGACCAAAAUGUUGUUACCCUCUAUAUGACAGCAAUUGCUUCCCUUUCUGCAUUGGUGACAAAACCUAUGAUUGAGGUUCAUCCUCAGAAAGGGCUAGAAGUUGUCUUGUCUGGGUCUGGGGCAAGCGGUACUCCUCCAACGACUCUGUCUCCGAGCAUGUUGAUUCUGGAAUGGGAAUGUCAGAAGGGUCGCAUUAUACCAUAUGAAGUGAAUGUCACAAUACCCAUAGAUGGUUACAGUCCUAUUCAGUUUUUCCUCACAAAAAUGUGUGAGCAUAGGCAAGAUGAAGAAGAAAACACGACGAGAGGAUGGGUCAUAUUUGGCAUCCUUUCUUGCAUAUUCUUUGUCGGUGCAACAUUGUUCUGCUGUGCAGGUUUUAUUUACAAGACACGCGUGGAACGCCUGCAUGGAAUUGAUGCAUUGCCAGGAAUGACAAUUCUAUCUGCAUGUUUAGAAGCUGUAAGCGGCAUGGGCCAUGGUUACUCUUACUCCCGAACAGAAGAAGUUCAUGGCGGCUAUACCAGCGAUGCAUCGUGGGACCGACCUUCUGUUUCUGGAUCGGCAGCAGCAUCAUCAUCCACUCCAACUCGAGGAUCUUCGAGAUCAGGAAACGUCCGAUAUGGCUCGAUCUAAUAUUUUCCCAGAUUCAAGAAAGACGAGGAAAGUUACAUCAUUUCAGUGUGGUAAAUGUGCAUGCUAAGAGAACCAGUUUGUUGUGGUUAGACUUAGAAGCGGUUGUGAACUUGGAAUUGUGAGUUUCUUCAGCAAGCAAAGAAUGUUAUCACCUGAAGUUAAUUGAUUUUCAUGAUCCAUCAGCUGGUUAUUCAAUGCAUUCUCGUUCUAAUGCUAUGUUCGAGGUAUGGUUGUUUGAGAAUGGAGACGAUGUGGAUGCCCAAAAGCUUUGCAGCUGUUAAAGGGUUAGGGAGCUGCUUUUGGAGCAGUUAGCCGACCUUAUCUCUGUUACAAGUUGGAAUCAGUUUUUGUGAAACCAAAUUGCAGAAACAUUUUCUAUUUUCACCAGCUCUCUUUUUCCAGUUUCAGAAAGCACCUUUUGGAAACCAACUCAGAAUAUUAGGAUGUAUGGGAAGAAAGACGACAUGAGAAGGUUUCACUUUCAGAAGCAGUGCAGACUGGAGAUGAUUGUCCAAAUUGUCAAAAGAGCAGGUGGAGUAUUGGUGUGGACAUUGCCAACUUAGUCUACGAAGUGCUUUGUCCUUGAGUUGGCAUGCAUAGAUAACACCUACGCCGCGUGGUGGCCAGACUCGUCUCAAAUCUCAAUCUCGAAUCUUAUUGUUUAGAGGAAAAUGAUCUGGUCUUUGACUUGGCUUCUAUCAUCAUUGUUUGACCCUUCUGGAUGCGCAGACUGAGAC